CCCGACCAGCCCGACUCGCCGCCUUCCUUUCAGAAGGAGAUUGGCUUCUGGUGGCAGGUCUAUCACCACCAGGGACUGAUGACCCGGCUGCAGCAGAUUCCAUGGCAGAAGCGGACCCCUCAGACCCCGCCGCUCUUCGCAUCGCACCCGAUGCACAACCCCAUUGGGCAGCUGGGUGGGUCCGAGGACGAGGGCAUGGCAAAGUUCCGAUGGCUCGAUGGCCGUCGGCUGAUCGAGACCAACCCGAACUGGGACCAGAACCUGGUCGUGGGCCGGUACUCGACCCCGCCCAUCUUCUCGGUCGUGCGGGUCGAGGCCCUGCGCUCGCUGCUGCCCCAGGAGCGGCUCAUUCUCGAGCAGGCCGCCCACAUCUCGACCCUGAGCCUCGUCAACUGCAGCUUCUCGACGCUCUCGGGCUGGCCAGACGAGCUGUCCAAUGUCGAGGCGCUGGACAUUGUCUUUUGUCUCUCGGCCUCGUUCGAUCCGCUCUGUUUCUCGCCCUGGGUCACCGUCGACAACAUGACCAGCUGUCGCGGACUCACGAUACCCGCCCCCGAUCUCCGUGGGAUGCCCUCGACCAUGGACAUUCUCAAGGAGUUGGAUCUGUCGCGCUGCGAACACAUCCAGAGCCUCGCUGGACUGCCUGCCUCAGCGGCUUCCCGAGCCGCAUGCCCGCCAUGAGGUCGCUUCUGAUCCCCUUUCACGAGCGCUUCGACAUUGGCUCGCUGCUCGUCCUGGCACAGACACACAUCCCGUACCUGUCGAAGCUGCACGUUCCCGCCCGUUUCGCCAGCAACAGAUCGUUCCAGUCGAUCGCAACGACGCUCGGACGAGCACAGCCGCAGACAUCCAUCAUCCUGUACUAAGCCCGCCGUGUCCAGGGAUGGGUGGCAGCGCGAGACCCACC